AUGUCUGGACAACAAGGACGCAAGAUCGCCAUCGUCGGCGCCAGCGGUAACCUCGGUGGCUUCACCCUCAACGCCCUCCUCGACAAGGGCAUCCACACCAUCACCGCCGUCACACGCGCCGAAUCCUCCGCCACACUCCCAGCCGGCGUCAUUGUUAAGAAGGGCGACUACUCGGACGAAGAUUUCUUGGUUUCUGCAUUCAAGGACCAAGAUGUGCUCAUCCUGCAACUCGGCUUCGACAGCUUCAUGACGGGCCAGGCCCCUCUCAUCCGCGCCGCGUCCAAGGCCGGCAUCAAGUGGAUCCUACCCACCGAAUUCGGCUCCGACCUGGCGCCGUCCAAGUUGCUCGAGGUCAGCCCCAUGGUCGCGGGCAAGAAGCAGUUCCGUGAUUUGACCGAGGAGCUUGGCAUGAGCUGGAUUGCUAUCGUUAACAACCCAUGGUUCGACUGGUCUCUCGGCCAGGGAUUCUGGGGCAUCGAUAUCAAGAACCGCUCUGCUAGGUUGUUUGAUGGCGGAAACACAAAGUUCGUCACCACCACUAUUGGCACCACCGGAAAGGCUACUGCUGGCGUUCUAAGCUUGCCUGAAUCUGAGUUGGAGCAGUUCCGGAACAAGCCUGUGUACCUGAAGUCCUUCCACAUCAGCCAGAGGGACAUGCUGGAGAGCAUCCUGCGCGCUACCGGCACAAAAGAGGCGGACUGGAAGGUUGAGGUUUUGGAUGCAGAGGCUGUCGUGGCUGAUUCAAAUGAGAAAUUCAAGCAAGGUGAUCACAUGGCUAUGUUGGUUGGUUUCUACGUCAACCACAUGCGUGAGGGUUGGGGCGGUGACUACAGCGCCAAGGUCUCUGACAUGAGCAAGCUUGGUGUUUCAGAGGAGAACCUGGAUGAGGUCGUCAAGAGGGUGGUGAAGGAGAUUGGGGCCUAG